ACGUGCCUCGAUAGUAGUAGAGCGUCUGGCAUCGCGUUCCGCGUAGCGGCAUUGGCAAAAUUUACUGUAAUCUUAUGCUGCUUCGCGGAAACUUGCCACCGACCUCACAAGCACGCUAGGUUAUCUGGAACCUGGCCAUAAAGUAUGGCAUAAUAUCUUGGGCGACCAGCUGCUCGUCUGUCCCGUGCCCCACAGUCACUGCAACUUGCGCAUGUUGCAUUGAAGGUCCCAUACCGAUCUUCCCUGGUGGAGGUCGCUCGUGGUCAUUCUCCAAUUGCCCCGGCAGGCCGCAAACCACAGCUUCCUCCUCGUCCAAACUACUCAACACACAAUGGGCUUCGCUCAAGACUUACGCGAGCUGCUGACUUGUAUGUCGCUCGUGGCUGCUGUGGGCUACGUCACAGACCUGAAGUUUUAUGCCGGUGUCUGCGUUGGUAUCCAGUGGCUCUCGGCAAUCUACGGUAUCCCCAACAAGACUGAGAGAUACUUCGAUCUCACGGGCUCCACCACCUACGCCACCGUCUCCAUGCUCGCCUACCAAUACUCCGAGACGAAGUCGUGGCGCGACACUCUGCUCACGGCAUUCGUGUGGCUUUGGUGUGUACGUCUCGGGUCGUUCCUGUUCUGGCGAAUUUGCAAAGACGGCAGCGACAAGCGUUUUGCCGAGAUCAUCGUAAACCCGCUAUGCUACCUGGCUGCCUGGAACAUUCAAGGUCUUUGGGUCUUCUUUACGCUGCUGUCUACGCUGCUCAGUGUCGUACACGGCGUCGACGACCCGGAGGUCAAGCCGCUCGACAUCAUCGGCACCACGCUGUGGGUUGUUGGCUACAUCAUCGAGGUCACGGCGGACUACCAAAAGACCAAGUUCCGUCUCGACAAGCGCAACAAGGACCAGUUCAUCCGCACCGGACUGUGGGGCUACAGCCGCCACCCGAACUACUUCGGUGAGAUCAUGAUGUGGAUCGGCGUCUUCUUAGUGGCAGUGCACACGCUGCCGAGCUUCGCACUGCAAUGCGGUGCUGCUGUUAGCCCGACCUUCAUGACGCUGCUGAUUAUUUUCCGAUCUGGCAUUCCGCUGCUUGAAGAGGACGCGGAUCAGCGCUGGGGCAAGUUGAAGAGCUACCAGCAGUACAAGGAACAGACCAGCGUAUUGGUGCCGAUGCCUAAGCGCAAGCUACCCGAACCAGUCGAACCAAAGCGAGCCAAGUUCGCGUAAGCAACGCCAAAUGUACAUGUACUGUACCAAGUAAGCAGUCUAAUGGUACUCUGUUCCUAACGUAGUAGUAUAUGUAUACAUGAUUCAUGCCUGGUAUCUCAUACUUUUUCGAAAAGGUUGCCAACUAACUCGAAAAAGUUGCCAAUUCAGCACACGUCACAGAUGUGUAAAAAUAGUCGAUUCUUGUUGCUAUUCCUAGCGCGAGCUCCAUGGUGAU